AUGGCUUUGUUGAGACUUCCAUCCCAAUUCCCAAUACCCCUUUACACCACUUCCACUUGCUCCAUCUCUCAAUCCACCCACAUCCUCUCCGUCGCUUCCCCCCACCACCGUAAACAGUACCUGCGCCACCGCAGUACAAAUACAUCCAGAAGCCUUGUGGUUGUUGGUGCUAGCAAGGAAGAUACCGAGACUGAAUUGAGUUUCCCUGCAGAAUCUAAUAUCAAUUCUACUUCAACCACUGCAACCACAACUGAUGAUGAUGAAGAAGAAGAUGAUGAAUUUGAAGAAGACCCAGAUCCGCAAGACCUCGAAUAUGUUUCCCAAAUCAAAAGAGUUUUGGAGCUCUUGAAGAAAAACAGAGACAUGCUGUUUAGUGAGGUGAAGUUGACAGUGAUGAUUGAGGACCCUCGAGAAGUUGAGCGGAAGAGGCUUCUUGGGAUCGACGAUGCUGAUACCCCAACACGAGAAGAGUUAGCUGCAAUUCUCGAAGAAGUGAAUGAAGGGAAAAUCCCGAGAGACAAGAUUGCCCUUCAAAUGCUGGCAGAGGAAAUGGUUCAAUGGCCUAAUCUAGAGGUUGAAGCAACAAAAAAGGGGAAACGGAAAUCGAAAUAUGCAAAGGCUACAGACACUGGGAUUGAUCCAGAAUUAGCUGCAAAGAGGCUUAACGUUGACUGGGAUACAGCUGCAGAGAUUGAAGAAGAAGAUGGCAAUGACGAGAGUGAUGUCCCUUCAGCUGUGGGAUACGGAGCAUUGUACUUGGUGACUGCGUUUCCAGUGAUAAUUGGUGUAUCGGUGGUGUUGAUUCUUUUUUAUAAUUCUCUUCAGUAAGAGUAAGAAUAUGUAUUUUGUUGUUUACUUUUUAGGUUAGUUUGUAAUAUAUCCAGUUGAUUUGUGUAUUUCAUCUGGUUUACAGAGAUUUUUGUGUUGUAACGAUGUAAAGUUUGACAUGAUAAUAUACAUGAUUGAAGAUAGAAAUGAAACCCCAAUGUGAUUCAGUUCAUGUUCUAGUCUUAAGUUUUAUGACUCC